CCGGUAUAAAAUCAACCCGGUAAGGUUGUUUCGUUUGCCAGGUGUUAGGUAAUUUGUUGACUUGUGGCUCUCGGUCAAGGUGAUGGAGAUGUCAAUACAUUCAUUUCUCGUGAAAUACAUUGAUGGCUUAACCUAAUGACUGGAAUAAGGUCUACGAUUUGAUAUCACAUACUGUUUUGGACUACAAGGCUAAACAUUUUGUUUCAUUCCGUACUGAGUUACUCUUGUCAGGUGUUGGAAGAUAUAAUUACGGAUUCAACAUGUGGCCGCACUUUUCAACAGCUGCUUGGACAAAGUCCCUUAUUCAUGGGCCCCCAGCAACAAGUGUUGGAGAGCAGAUGAGUACUUCAGACGGUUGGGCUGCACUUGCUAAGCAGUGGGCUAAUCAGCGUAACAGUCAUAUACAGUCCAAUUAUGCAAGUGCACUUGCUCCUCCACCCCCUCCACCACCGCCACCGCCGCCGCCGCCACCCCCUCCUCCUCCUCCACCACCACCACCACCACCGCCACCUCCAAGUAUAACCACAGAAUCAGCCCAGUUGCAGCCUGACACGGGUAGCAUAGUUCCCAAUACACCACAAGUCAAUACAGACCAUUCUUUAGUUCAGAAUCCUUCGGUCUGUGAGCCUGAAAACAAUGUGUUGCAGCAGGAAAUGCGACAAGCAGCAGAGGUCGCAACUACCUCCCAAUCUUCACAGAUUACACCUGAUAAUCCCUCAUCUACACGAAACGUGUGGUCUGCUCCCGAAAAUCCUACAUUUCAGCAAAAUGCAUGGGCUAAAAAUGAUAAUCAUGUCUACUCGCAGGAUAGAUGGCCUACACCUGGGAAUAUGUUACCCCGAAAUCCAUGGUCUUCUGCAAACUUCGUACGUCCACAAUGUACAUGGCCUGCAUAUGAAAACCAACAAAAUGUCUGGCCUUCAUGUGACAACUCUGUAUCGUCGCGGAAUAGGUGGGAGGCACCUGGGAAUCAGUCUUAUGUCAACCAAUUUCCACAAGCAUCUCAAAAUAUUGCUUCUGUGCCUAACUCUUCUAAUGAACAUCAUAAGUCUGGUAUUCGUCAGUUGACUCACCAUUCAUCUAGUGAAAUUGUAGAUGGUUCCUUUAGUCUUCCUGCAUCAUCUUGUGAGGAGCCAUAUUCUGCCAUGGGAAAUGCUUAUAGUCAUGAUACUCAGUAUCAAAGGAGGUGGAGUCAGGAGGAUGACAAGAAUUACAAUUACAACUCUCAUAGUUCAGGAAUCAAUGAUUAUCAUCAUCCCCACAAUGUUGAAAGACAAUUCAGUCAGUCUGCUACAAGACCUUUCAGUUCUUACAGCGAGCCAAAUUCUCGUUUUAGCCAGAGCAGUCGAGACAUAUGGCCGAGAAAUCCCGAACUUCGACAACCAAUGGAGAGGUUUCCUCCACCUUCGCAGCUCAGCGAUUUACAGCACUCGCAUGGUAAUUAUUUCAAUCAAGUUGAAAAGGAUCAGCCUAGAUAUAUUUCUCCCACUAAGCCUCUAAAUUCAGAGGUAGAGAACGAUCAGUUCCACAGGUAUCGUGACCAAGACUACCGCGUGACGCAGAAUCCUCCGGUUCCGUCGACGGUUAUGGGCGAUAGUUGGGGAGAUGUAGAUAUCCGUUCUGUUCAAGUUGACGAUACUAGUGGUACUAACCCAGCUAUUUUUCCCUCUGCAUCAAAUAAAUCCAAAGACGGACUGAGACCCGUUUCUCUUAUCCCCACUCCAAUUGAACUGGGGUGUAAGCCAAGGGGGCGCAAUACACAUCUACCUGUCCCGGAACAUUUAUUGUCAGCUUUCGUUUUAGGGGCUGCACCAAAUGCCGAAAGAGAUGAUGAGGGUGAUAUCGUUAUGGAGGAUGAAACUAAAACUGAUUCCAACAUUGUGAACUCUUUGUUACCAAAUAACAAUAAAAGAUCGGAUGAUGAUGUAUCCAAAGAGGAGGAGAAUCUUACUGAUGUGUCAAAUAGUCCCGUUAAUAACCAAGUUAGUCCUUACCCCCCUUCAUCACCUGGAAUUCAACUGGUUGAACCAUCGGAAGGCAGUAGAAGCCCUAAUAGUGCGGUAAAACAAUUAGCUACAAUUAAUUCUCAAAGUAUUUUAUCCGAUGCUACGAAAUCAAUAACGCCUAUCCAUCCGUUAUCUCAGCAAGAAUUUUGUGAGUUAUUCGCUUCGUUGUCGGAUGAAGAACAAAGAGAUGAAACGGCUCGUUUUAUCACUCGCACAUUAACCGAAGCUCUGCUUGUUGUUACAACUGAACUGAUCGACGACGUAGCACAUGAGGCACUAACUUUGGAAGCUAUUUCAGGCAAACCCGAUAACAGAGCGCGGAAGAAAGACUCAUCAACCGAUGAUUCGCCGUAUCCUCUUUUAGGCUUAGUCUCAUACAAUACUGAAAGUGAGUCAGAUUCUGAUCAGGAAAUGUUGGGUGGCAGGUCACGCCCAGAUUCUUUACCAGGUACUCUACCAGUUGAUGAUGUAAGACGUGGUUCUACAUCACAAAAUUGUGGUAAUAAUGAAGAUGAUCAAAGUAAGUUCCUGUUUUUUUGGUUUGAUUAUUUAUGCAUAAUACGGUCAAGCUUUCAGAAGUCCUCGUUGGAUCUUUCAAGUAGCUGCCAUGUUGUUCAGAAUCUCAGACAUCGUGACGUCUUUUGUAAACCAUGUUUACCGCCACAUUUCUAACUGUUCUAGUAAACGGUAAUAUACUGUCUUGCGUUUGCUCUAAUACAGUGUUAGGUGGCUAGUUCUGUUGACAUUUUGUCUAUUCUUACCAGCUGUUCAAUGUGAGGGGUGACAUUCCUUUGAUUUCUUGUGGUAAUUACACUAGUCUGAUCAGUAUUUAAAUCUUUCCGAAACGGGUAAUGACGUUUCGCCCGUGGAUUUGAAGUCGUUUACUGAUGAAGUUCCUGAAGUCAAUUUUGUUAGCCGUAAGUUUUGAAGCUCUCAUUUAAUAGGGUGGGUAUACGCAAACGUUAUGUUCUGUGCUAGGUAAACAGUAUUUUUUGUAUUUCCUUCGCAAAGUGUGUGUGUAAAAGGGCUGUUUUAGUAUGGAGACUAUUACUUUGCUUUGUCGUUAUCAGUAUGCGCCUGUUCACAUUCAAUCUGUUGAUUUUCCGAUUCUCAUUUAAUACUAACAUUGUUUUAUAUCAAAAUUACCUUUUCACUGUUCUACAGAAUACGUUUCUGAAUAUUUUUCUGUUACAUAUAUAAUGCUGUCAGCCUCUAAGUAUUACUUCAUUUUACAGUUUUUAUCUUUCAAAAGUUCGAUUUCAUUGCUGAUUGUGGUGAAAUUUGUAUUGAAUUUCGAGUCAACCGUGUAGAUUUUUUUCUUUGCAGAAUUUUCCACUACUGAGCAUGUGUUUUGUGUAUCGUUAACUAAGUGUUCUUUAAAGCAGUAUCAGUUCGUUAAUAGCACUAAUAACCCAUUUUCUGUCUAUGUAAUUUUUUGUAUAUGUCUAAGCUGUAAAAAGUUUGUGCACUAGGAUAUAAAAAUUGCUGCUUACGUUGCUUUAGGUGUCUGUCUUAUUCGAGAAUUUUGUCGAUUUCUGUCUUUGUUGAACAACAUACCCAUACAAAAUAAACGGCUAGAUGCUCUCUAUUCAGUGGAUUGUAGUUUUUCUAUGUAUCAAUUGAUAGUCAUUUCUUAUUAUGUUAGCUACUAGUGUGAUAAAGAUUGACUAAUCGCCAAAAGAAAUCGAAAUCACAGCAUUGUAAGUGUCACCUGAUACUUUCAGCGUUUGGAUUUCUCAUUAACUUCAGAAUUAUUCGAUGCAUUUUGAGUGAUUAUUGCUGAAAAAUGUAAUUAAGAGUAGAAUACUAGUAUUGAAGGAAUCUUAGAACACUAUUUAAGCAAGCAAAUACGCAUUGAAUUCUCAUUAGGUUUUACACUUACAUCAUAAAAUAUCAGUCAUAAACAUUUGAAACAAUGGGGAUCAAUAGAAUCAAAUAUCACCAAGCAGAAUGUAAGUAGAAUCAUAAUAAACUGUGAAACUCAGAUUAAAAUAUAACUAUAGCACUGUUAACUUCAUUAUCAAUCUCAUACUGUGCUAUAGUGGCAUACUUUAGUCUUCAUUUCACAAUCUGACAUUAUUUAAACAGUUAGUAUACUCCUUUAAACCGAGAUCUCAUUUCCAUUUUUGAUUUUGACUCAUGCCCAAGUGCUUGCAGAGUAGCACUAAUCAGUGUAUGAGUGUAGUAACCAUUUUUCUUCUUUUUGCAUUUAAAUUUUCUUUGGCCUUUGUUUCAUUUUACAUAGAUUAGUUUAGGAUUUGGACAGCGUUUAGAUGGUUCAUAUGUCGAGGUGUUCCCGAAGUGAACUUCAUGCUCAAUAGAGUACCCACAUAGUGUUGUAGUUUUUACUAGGAUUAUUAGUUUUAGGCAUCAAAUUGAACGAGUUCACCUCACCCAGAAAUAACCUUAUUUGACGCACUAGAUAAGAUUUUCUCAUUCUAAUCACGACUUCUCACAUGUACCUGCUGCAAAACGUCAGAUGACUUCGCUAAUAAAAUCUCAUCUAUAUCUCCUGUUGAAUCCCUUUGUCUUGUUUAGCAGUUCCUAUGUUUGAACAAAGAAAGAACUUUGCACCAAAAUUCUCAAAUACUUCAGUUAUUGAUCAAUAGAGGUGAAGGACUUUAAUACCACAUGGUUAAAUUGCUUAAUGGAAAAAAAGAAGACGCAGUUAGUGUUUAAAAUCAACAACGCACACAAGGAUUCAAUAAUUUAGUUGAACAGUAGACGAAAAAUAAUCGAGAUUAUAAGUAAAGAGAACUUAAGGGUAUUGAGCGAUGUUGACGAAACCAGAUAUAAUUACAGUGUGUAUAACAUGGUGAGGCGAGAAUAGCAACAGUCCCCUUCUGACUGCAUAAAUUCGGUUUUAGUUGCUAAAUGGUAAUGGCUACAGCGAAGCCUAACAAUCUGGCACUCUCCUAAACUUUACUGAAAGAUUGUAACAUGUUAAUUUCAUGGGCCCAAAUCCUUUCUAUUGGUCCCAUGUAUGUGUUUUGGGACAAAGUAAGUAAAAUAAAUGGGGGACUAAUCAACCUUGGUAAACGAUUUAUUAUGUGGAUUGCGACUAACUUGACAGCUGAUAAAUUGGCUUGAGAGCAGCAUUUAUUACGUAUUUAAUUCUUUCAGAUUCUUCAUCACUCUUUGAGUCCGAGCCUUAGGAAGAUCCAGAAAGCGAUAUUUUUUAAUUUUUAGUGAAUUCACGUGUCUUGGUAAAUAGGCUGCCACAUGAGAUGUGACAACUUUAACUGCUUUACUUCUGUAUUGAUUUCUGUGGUUAAACUCAGUCAGUCAGUAUUAUUUAGGUCAAGUAAGCAGGAGGUAUGUUUCAUGUGAAUACUUAUAAUGCAUGUCGUCAGCAUACCCUUUGUAAAAUUUAAAUUCAUCGGUCGCAUGUCUGUCCAAGGUAUACGAUAGGAUGGGAUCUAAUUAUUAUUCCCUUGGGUUCCUAGUGGAACAUACGGUUUCAACUGCACGUCUUCACUUGCUUCUGUCUUCUGCUGUACUUUUCACCUGCAUCCAUGUUAGUCCAUACUGUUUCAACUCCUCUUCACACGAUCUCCUCCAUG